GAAGCGGUGGUGAAGUGGAGUAGAGCCUGCACGAACAUCACUUGAAGUUGAGGUACCGUAGGUGUUCUGCCGAACAAUCGGGUCUAGUAUUACCGUAUCAAAAUGAUUUGAAACAUAACAGUAAAACAGUUAGUAGUUACACCAGUUCUAGUAGUCUGAUUAUUCUGAUUAUACUCACAAGUUUACGGAUGAAUCCGAGACACAGACAGCAACCUCCGCUACAGGUAGUCGCACUUUGCGUACCAAGUAUUGCGUAAUUGAGCAACAAUUAAGCAAGCAAGCCGGCCGCGUCCGGCCGGCCGGCCCCGGCCAGCUCCCGGCGGAUGCUGUACUAGCGCUAGCCAGGCCAGCCAGGACGGACAACGGCGACGCUAGCUGAGCUGAGAGAAGGAGACGUGAAGAAUAUCAGACAAACAUUGAUCAGGCUAGCUAGGCAGAGGCUCUAGAUCUAAAAUUGUCUUGCUGCUCUUGGAAGAAACCUGGGUGGAAGCAAACUAUAUUUUAUGACUUAAGAUGAUAUUGCUGAUGAACACCGCCCCAAACACAGCAUUUCAUGAAAUCAAACUUGGUGUCUAAAUUGUGAUUUUAAAGAAGUCAUCAGUAAUACAUUGUGUUCAAUAAAUUUCUUAAUUAUGCACCAAACUGAUAGAGCCAACCAAAAUAAAGAUGAUGAAUUGUUGGUACUUUCCAUCUCGACGCCAUAUCCUCAUCGCAAUUCUUCUAGUCCUAGUUCUGCAGUUGGUCCUGUGGACGUUCGUUGCCUUCAAGCCGUCCAACAAUAUUACGAUAUUCUUUAGCAGAUCCAUGGAUGAAAGAUCACAACUAGCACAGAACCAGCUUGACUUCAAUGAUGCAAUCUCAAUUAAUUAUCAUCCAAGGGGUAAAAAAGGCAAUAGUACUUUUAGAAGACAGAGACAUAGACCAAAACGGGUGAAAGGUGGUUUCUUAGACAAGUUGGAUUCAUUGAAACAUGGUAAACUACAACUCCAUGAAGAUGAUACAUCUGAAAACAAACUAGGAAAUGUUUCACAUCCACUGCUUCUCGAGAGGGCAAACCUAAUGAAGUCACCAUGGUCUGAAGAAACAAGACACAGAUUGUUAAAGAACCUUCAACCAAGUCUCUUCACAGAGGAUUUAUCUCCCCUCAGUGAUAGCCGCUGUUCUAUAGCUGAAGUAGAAGCGCCUGGUUCACUUUGUCAUCACUAUGACUGGGAUUGCAGUCAUAGUCCCACCUAUACACAGCACCAUAGGCAAAAUAGAACCCUGACAAUCAGCUGCCCAGGAGACUUCCGAAUAGACUGGUACUUUGAACGAAAUGGGGGCUUAACCAGUGAUGUCAUGAAGAAUUACACCAAUCAGUACUCUAAAUGGAGUCAUGUGACUAAACCUAUCACUGUACCAUUCCCUACCCAGUAUGCUGAUAUAUUGUGUCGGAUAUAUACAAAAAAUGACCCUGAGAUUCACCACAACUACCGUACACAGUUUCUUCCAAACAGAGAAUCUGUUGAAAAACAGCUCAAAGUCUUCUCCAAAAAGAAAGAGGAGCAGAAAGAUUGGCAGCCAUUAUCCAUAUUAUCCAUCAACGUAGAUUCUCUAUCCAGGGCUCAGUUUCAUCGUUCAUGUGGAUUACCAAAGACAAGAGAACUCUUGCAAGGAAUCUUUAAUGCAAGUAAAGAUUCAAGUCAUCAAGCAUUUCUCUUCAAUCGCAUGAAUUCAAUAGGUGGUGUUACAGCCAUGAAUUUAACUCCUUUAUAUGCUGGGAUUUAUUUCAAACAGGCAGAUGAAGAGAGAAGGGUCCUUAUUCACAGAUACACCAAACCCAUCAAAGAAUGGGUGUGGGACUAUGCCAAUGAACAUGGUUAUCUGACCAGCUAUGCUAUGGAUACAGGCAACGGGAUCAUGGGAACGAGGACAAUUUGCCCUGGUUGCAACCAUCUUCCUAUAGAGUUACCUCACUGGGAGCAUGACUGGGUUAAGAUGGAAAAUAAAGAGAUGAAACCAGGAGUGCUGAGCGGUCUUUGUGACGGUGAUACUAUGAUUCAUGAACACAUCAUGAACUUCACUAAAGAUCUCAUCAACUUUGAUUACCCUGCCAAAUGGGCUGCUUUUGAUCUUAAUGCCAAACACAGACCAGAGCAGGAAUCAGCUAACCAGGUAGAUGCUCUUCUUGCAGACACCCUUCAAUCAUUGAUGGCCUCCCAACCACAUCUUGCAAUUUUUCUGUUUGGUGAUCAUGGUGAUCGUUACCAUGGUGAUGAUGCUAAUCAUCCCGGUAGCUACAUGGAGAUUCUCCUGCCAUUUUUAGCCAUCAUCCUUCCUAAACAUGUGAUCAACUCUCAUCCAGAAUGGGAGAGGAACCUCCUUAUUAAUAGUCAAAGAUAUGUGGUCCAUUAUGACUUGCACCACACAAUGAAGUCUCUUAUGGAUUAUCCACACCUGGAUCAGGUCAAAGGUCAUAUAUUCAAAGAGUCAUACAAUCUCAUUACCCAGGUAAUUCCAAGUGACCGUGGAUGUACUGAGGCUAAGAUACCUAACUGGAGUUGUGCAUGUGGAGGACCAACGAUGUUAACAAGAGGAGAAUGGACUGAAAAUCAUGUUUCAUAUGCUAAACAAGCCAUAGAUGUCAUCAACAUGAAACACUCCAAGGAAUCCUUGCAAAUCAACUUUCCAGACAGCAACAUGUCAAGUUCCUGCAUGGACCUCCAUUUUGAUUCCCUCGUCACUGUUGCUAGGAUACACCAUGACUACGCCCGUCUACAGAUCACUGUUUACAUCAUCACCUUUGAUGCUGUAGAGGGACCAUCUAGAUGGGACCUUCGCAUCACUGAAGAUGGUCAUAUAGACUCUCUCCAGCAGCUCUCAAGAUAUCAAAAGUAUGAAGAGUGCCUUGACUCCAGGGUCUCCAUAGAGUUCUGUGUCUGCAAGCAGUUUCCUCCUGGGACCCCCUGAUAAAUGGAAGGAAGCAUCACCAAACACAAAGGAGGAGAGAGGGGGAACACCAAGCAAAAGUUGAAUGCCAUGUAGUGCUUUUAGUCCAAUAACUGGGCUUUAAUUUUUUUUUAAUAAUUAUUACAUAUAUGUGAAUCUGCCCAAUUUGAAUCUCUGUGGACCAAAUAAAUCUUUGUGACUCACAUAUCCUGGUCAGAAAACUUGCUUCAACUUGGGCAGUUAUUUGAUUUCAGGAAGGUUAAGACUUAUAGAAGGUCCUCUCCUAUAUACUUAACUGAAUAUUCUGGCGUAGAGACAAAAAAGGGAGGAGGGAUGAAGAUUGAGACGGGAGGGAGAGAAAGAGAGAGAAGAGUAAGAAAAAAAGAGGGAUAAUCAAAUGCAUUGCUAUAUUGAAAUAGAUACUGAAAUAUGUGUUAUAGAUAGAGGCAUACAUAAUAGUAAUCAUAGUAGUGACUGAGAGAAGAAAAUAAAUGUUAUUAGAUUUGUAUUCCCCAGUUGGAGAUAGAAAAAGGGAGAGAUGGGUGUGUGUGAGGGGGGAUGAUGAAAGAGAAGAUACAAAAGAUACACAUUUAGAAGAGCGAAACAAACAAGGGUUUAUAUAUGGAAAUAAAAACUGAGUAGGGCCAUCAGGACAUUGAUAUGCAAUAACAAAAAGAUGAACAUUUGUACUUUCUGUGAGAGAAUGAGAUUAAAUCUAUGGGAAUUCUGGGAGGAAAGAAAGAGAGUUGAGAAAAUGUGAACACAGGGAAUAGAUUAGCUGAAUGAAAUAUAUCAAGAGAGAAUGAGAGAUACAGAAAAAGAAGAAAAUGUUACGCUAUAUGUCUAUAGAGAAAGAGUUUCAGACGAGUUGGAGUUAUAAUUAACAAAUGUGAGCAACCACCCAUUAAGUCUCUAGAGAAGGUUCUCUGUAAAUGGUGGAAAUAGAAAUUUCUUCUCUGACAAGUGAAAAUCUAACAAUAAGUUUAUCUGAGCCACUGGCAUAAAUCGAAGCGGUGAACCUAUUUUGUUCAGUGGGGGUGAAACCUCCCACUUGAAUAGUAUGAUGUCACAGAUUUACGCCAGUGAUCUGAAUGAAUUUUUACUCUUGUUCAUACUGACAAAAUUUGAAGUUGUAAAGUUAGAUGAAAUAUGAGAUACAAGAGUUGCAUGACAUCACUUUUUCCAGACUGCUUGAAAGUUCCACCAAGAUUCCUCAGUGUGCAAAUCUCAUGCUUGAGUGAACUUCCAAAUUACAUCCUUGUUUUCUCUUUAUUCUUUGAAGCUCUCAUUAGAUUUCUUCUACAAUCAAUCAAGUAGUUAUGUGUGCAAUUGUUCAAUUUGGCAAGUUAUAUAUAGUUGUGAGAUCUCUCAAAAUUAAUUUUGGGUAACUUACUGUAAGUUUUGGGCCCAGGUUUUGGGUUGGCUGGUCACAAAUGUUAUAGUUAUCCUUUCAUCAUGUGAUUUUCUUUGUAUUGUUUAUCAUUUUUAUUUGUUAGUAAAUACAUGUAUUAUUUAUUUGUUUUAAAUGUAAUCAGUGAUGCAAUAAAAAGACAACCCCGGGGGGGCCACUUACAUUGACGAGUGGAUACCAUGCGCGACCAAAAAAACACGUAAAAAGGAUGUCUUUUUCACGAUAGGGCACGUUACGUACGUAACGUGAUAAGGGUGUCAAAAACACAAAAAUAAUGAAAAAAGGGUAUCUAUUUCGCUAGGAAAAUUACGUGUUUAGGGUCGAAUUCGCGGGGAUGAUAAAACAAAAUUAAAAUGUUUUAUAAAGGAUGUCCUUUUUGCCCCAACACUU